AUGCCCUCGAAGAACUCGAUAAAUAGGCCAAAAUUGACCACCAACCUCAACCGCAAGACUCAGUCGCUUGCUAGGAAAAGAGACCAGCGUGAAAGAGCCGGACUGCUGCAGCCGGCAAGAUCUAGUGAGAAGUCCAAGUCGGGACAGGUCAAGUCGGUGCCAUUGGAGCUGUACUUCCACGGAAAAGUGGGCCAAACUGCCGGCAACCAGGCUUUGACCACCAAAACUCUGUCGAAAAAGCGGGCCAAGAAGAUCGAAAGAAACCUUAAGUAUGCAGAGCAAAGAAAACUGCUGGCUGAGCUGCAGGAUAAGGUCGCCAAUGAAGACGGCAUGGAGGUAGAUGUGCAGGCUGGCAAAUCGCAGAAGAGAGAGGAGAAAAAGAGUUCUUUGGCGAAGAUGAAGGAUGCUCUGUGGAGAGUGAUCGACGAUUCGUCGAGCCAAGGCCUAGUGUUGAACGGCGGCCAGGGGACCACCCUUGGGGGCCCGGUUUUCUGCUAG